AGUCCAGUGGGGACUUUAUCUGUCUUGACCUGGGGACGCCCAGUGUCUACCUGUUAUGACCUGGGGACGCCCAGUGUCUCCCUACGGGGCAGGGACAGAGUAUGGCAGGCAGGGCAAGGUGUACACCCUUGGAAUGCAUUCUGGUGAAUUGGAAAGUGUUUGGAUCGGAUCCGUUGAUUAAAAGUAAACUGAAAAGGUUCUGUACAGUAGACUGGCCUCAAUAUCAGCUAGAGGACCAGGAAAGGUGGCCACAGGAAGGAUCACUUAAUUAUAACACGAUCCUUCAAUUACUUCUGUUUUGUCAGCGUACGGGUAAAUGGAAUGAACAUAUGUAUGUACAGUUGUUUAUGUUGCUAAGAGAUAGGUUAGAUAUUUUGCAAAAGUGUAAUUUGACUCCGACAGGUUCGGUAGUAGCUACUGUUAGUUCCCAGAACCCCCCCACAGCUGUAAUGGCAGAUCCGGUGUCCCCUUCGGCUAUCACACCCCCACCAUAUAAAGACAAGGUGUCUCAGGUCCCAGAGAUUGCCCCCUCGGUGGAAUUUUAUCCGUUGAUCACUGAGACCGUGGUGUCCAGACAUGGCUCAGAUAGGAAUCAGGCCACUACUAUGCAGGUUUACACCCAUAUGCCUUUUAACCCGGUGGACCUAGCAGCCUUUAAGGCACAGGCAGGGGAAUUCUCUACGAACCCAAGCAAGUUUAUCUCGGUCUUUGAAGGGUGCCUGGCUAGCUGUAAGCCUGACUGGGAUGAUUGUAAUGUCCUUAUGCGGACCCUGCUGUCUGAGGUGGAGCGUAAUCAGGUUGUGUCUAAAGAAAAGGAAAAGAGGCAAGCGAAAAUGAUGGUCGCAGCAGUACAGGCCGGUGGCAGGGGAAAAUUCCAGGAAGGUGGAAAGGGCCGGGGAAUGAGAGGACGUGGGCGCCCUGGCUCACAGGAAAGGCGUCUGGGUCGCAACCAGUGUGCCAGAUGCCGAAAGAAGGGACAUUGGAAAAAUGAGUGCCCCGAAAGAGAAGGUACCCCUAUGAUGGCAGCGGAGGAUCAAGAAUAAGAGUGUCAGGGGAGACCGACUAUCCUGCCCCUGGAAUCCCGAGUAAACAUGAGGGUGGAAGACUUGGACAUCAACUUUUUAAUAGACUCUGGAGCUGCACGAACCAUCGUAAACCAACCCCUGCAGCUACCUGUGUCAGAGUCCCUCACUGUGGUGGGUGCCACAGGGAAAGGAACCAAGUGCCCAGUAUAUGCCCCAGCGGAAUGUGCUUUGGGAAACAGAACUCUGUCUCACAGACUGGUUUACCUCCCCGAUUGUCCAACACUUCUACUAGGACGGGACCUGCUUUGUUGCUUAGGAGCCACCCUGCAUUUCACCCAAGAUGAAAUAACCCUCACCUUACCCCCAGAGAAUGCCUGGAUAAUGACCCUUGCAACUGAGCCCUCAGCUUUGCAAGCCCCAGAGUGGAGCCAGUGGAAAGACAAAAGGAGGGUUAAAAAGCAGCUUUGCUGGACAGUGCUGGCCCAGGGAUUUAAAAAUUGCCCCACUUUGUUCGGCCAGGCCCUGGCCAGAGACUUGGAGGAGUGGGACAAUGAGGACAGGGUCCUCCUCCUUCAAUAUGUGGAUGACUUGUUGAUUGCUGCUGUGGGUCUCACCCCUUGCCUUAAAGCCACUGUAAGCCUCCUGAACUUUGUUGGACUCCUCAAAAGUGGGUGUGCUCGUCCUGGUUUGUUGCUCCAAAGCUCUGUAUAGAAGUUAUUUUACUGGAAGGGUGUAUAAUGGCAAUGUGUAUGUGUUCAUUGUUGGGAAAAGGUGUAUGAGUGAAGAGUGGAAGUUUCCUUUGUAAGUUAAAAGAAGCCAAGAAGGAGAGAAGGAAAAAGAACAGAACGAGUUAACUGAGGGAAAAAAUAUAGCUAGCAAGCUCAGUCCAAAGAUAAGAUGCUGGCCCAUCCAAGGACACUGCCCAGAGCUAAGACUUGGCCGACAGCCAAGAAAAGGGGGGGCCUGAAUGGGCCCAAGCAACUAUGAGAUCUGCAAAACACGGUCAGGCAUUAAUGAAAUGUGUUAGGUUUCUUUUCUCACAGAUAAAAGAAGUGCUACCCAAAGACCCUAGCAGCCCUGCCAUUCAUUGAAACAAGGAGACUGAGUCUACGUAAAGUCCAUCAACGAAAAACUGCUUUGGCUCCACACUGGAAAGGCCCUUUCCAAGUCCUGUUAACCACUAACACCGCUGUGAAGUACCAAGGACUGCCCACCUGGACCCAGGCUUCUCACUGUAAAAAGACCCCUCCACCUCGAGAGGACUCUCCGACGGAUGAUAAGCCUAUUUAAAGACAGGGUGACGUGCUAGUAACCUCUCCCCUGUAUGAUGCUGAACCACACUGUUUCAGGAAAAGAGAAGAAGGAACACUUGCUUCAUUGAAACCACAAAGUCCAGGAAUUCCUGACUACAAAAGACAUUAAGGACUGACCCUGGUGAAGAAACAAAGAAUUAUACGCUGGCAGGGAGGCUCUUACACCCCUGGCCUCCCAGGUAUACCAGAGAUUUGCAGCCUCUCCCGCUGGAUGCCCCUGUCCACUCCUUGCAGCCAGGCGAUUCCGUUCUCGUUCGGACCUGGAAGGACAAGCCUCUCCAAGAGAAGUGGAAGGGACCCCACACCGUCCUGCUGGUCUCCCACACAGCAGCAAAGGUCAAGGGACACAAGAACUGGAUUCAUCACUCCUGUCUGAAGGCAGUGCCCGCUCCUGAACGGUGGACCGUCCAGCCUACGGAAAAAGACUACCAGCGAUGACCUGAGACUUAAACUGUUAUUCAAAAGACAAUAAGGCCUGCUGGGAAUGCCCUGUGGUCUCUUUGGACAGUCGCAGCGCAGUCCCCGUGAAAACUCUAAGUGUUGGUUGUGUUUACUCUCACAGGGCCGGCCUAACCUGGUGGCCUGGUCCUUUUGUUUUUAAUCUGCCUACUAUUGGUAAUUGAUAUUUUGUGGGUAUUUGGGGAAAUGUAAUUGUUAGGCCCUAGGGUCACUUGCCCAGCAUGAGUUCAGGUCCAGGGUCUGCCACAGUGGUGCUCUUUGCCAUAGGGACACUCCUCUCGUUACCUCCCGUUUCCCCCUAGGCACAUGUGGGAUGGAAAGGGAUCCCUACUAACUUGGAAACAAACACAUAUGAGUCCUUGAAGGUUUGCUUUGCCCAAGAGUUUAACCUCUCUAACUGCUGAGUAUGCUCCCAAAUCCCGCACCACGCAGCAGGGUUACCCUGGAGGGUGGUCCCCCAAAAUUGGUCAGAUAUCUGUUGGGGAUGGUUCAGUAGGGGAAGAAAUACCUUGGGUAUCCCCUUGUGACAAAACUGUACCAUUGAAUCCCAGUAUGCAUUAAGGGACAACCCCUGGCCGCUCCAGGCAGCGUAAAUCUUUGUAUGCCACCUCAGAGCCCAUUAAGGAAGGAGACAGGUUGGGUAUGAUCCUCCUCCCAUCCUAUGGGGUGGAACGGCUAACCCAAUUUUAUCAUAGGCUCUCUGUGUUUCUCACCAAGAUCACCAAUGAAACCUUGGCCAUAGAGAAAAGCCUUAACUCAGAGCUAUACCAGCUCAGGUUGCUGUCCCUGUAAAACAGACAGGCCUUAGAUUAUGUUUUAGCCUCCCAGGGCGGGGUGUGUGCCCUUAUUGGGAAUGAAUGUUGUACUUAUGUCCCGGAAAACUCACAGGACAUUAACAAGCACGUCCUGUCGGCCAAACAGGCUUUCAAGCAGUGGAAGGCCCAGGAAAGGAAACCCACAGUUUUCGAUUCCCUUUGAAGUUGGUUGCCCAACCUAGGAGGACUGGGGGGUGGCCUUGUGCGUCUUCUCCUCACUGGUGUGGUAUUGUGCCUGGUCACCCUCCUCCUAAUUGCUUGUUUUAAAAUGCUCCUCCGUAAGCUUUGUGCCCCCCGCUCCUCAAAAAUCCCGGCAUACCCUCUAAUUGAAAACCCCAGCUUCAUAGCACUUAAUCAUAUCUUGUCCACAGAAUAUGAGAAAACUCAGCCAAAAGCUUGUUGAGUAUUCUCAAAGGAGGGAGUUGUUGACGUCACUAGGCCUCACCCUAGGUAACUCGGGAGGGUGGAAGGCCACAAAGUGUCAAUGAAGCCUUCCUGCACUAGGCCUAAGUGAACCAAACUCUAUCCUUCCAUGUUUAAACUCUAAUCAACCUCAAAAGCCAGGUGCAAUUGGAAUAUGUAAGCAACCAGUUAUCUGUGUGCAACCCCCUGCUCAAGCAGUAAUAAUGAGGCCUGCAUGUUUCUGGCUGAAGGGAAAAAGGACAAGAUAACGGUUUAAAGAAGUUACUAACAAGCUAGGCUUAUAGCUGCCAAGAAUGACUUAACUAUUACCAGGGAUGGGAG